CACGAAUCCAAUCCACCGCUAUUCGGCACGUCAAGUCGACAAAUCACGCAUUGGAUGCGUGUUUGUUGCAGUUGUUGCAUGUUUGAUUUAGUGAAAUAAAUUUUAGUUCGUGUAGUGUAUCCUUUAAUGUUUAGAAUCUACUAAAUUUAAUUUGUGUUUAAGUUAUCUUACGUUUGUUUUUCUGUUACAAAAAGCCGGUAAAACAAAAUGAGUGCUUUGAAGAAUGCUGUGUCUUUAGCCGUGAACCAGGGGAAGGUCGGAUUAAGAAGCAAUGGAAAAUUUGCAUCCUUCCGUCCCUUACUGUCGUGCGCCCCCGUGGCUAUGGUGGGGCUGGACCGUGGCGCUCACACCCAAGACCUCACCAAGAACAUACAGUACAUCAGCAAUGAUAAGGUCAAGCUAAAAGCUGAUCCCACCUCCAUGAAGCUGGACAAGCGGAUAGACAGGCCAGUGUGCGUGAUGAUUAACUGGCUGCUGGCGCGUCAGAAGCACGUUAUGAAGUACGCGACGCUGUACCUGGAGCAGGGCUUCGACGUCGUGUCCGUGUCCUGCACGCCGUGGCAGCUCAUGUGGCCGCUCAAGGGAUCACAGUUAAUAGCAGAAGACCUGAUAAAGUUGAUGGCUGCCAACGAGAACGAUCACCCACUAGUUGUGCACGGGUUCUCCGUCGGCGGCUACAUGUGGGGCGAGCUCUGUGCCCAUGUCAUGAAGAAUAAGGAGGCGUACCAGCCAGUGAUGGACCGCGUGGUGGCACAGGUGUGGGACUCGGCAGCCGACAUCAGCGAGAUUACGAUUGGCGUGCCGGCUGCUGUCUUCCCCAAGAACCAGGUCAUGCAGAAGGCACUCCGAGCUUAUAUGGAGUACCACAUGAAGACCUUCCACGAAGCGGCCACCUCCCACUACAUCAGGUCCUCGCAGCUGUUCCACACGAAUCUGUGUCGUGCGCCGGCGCUGUUCCUGCUGUCUCGCAGCGACCCUGUAGGAGCUGAGCGGAGCAACCGCAGCGUGCAUGACAGCUGGGUCAAGAUGGGCAUUGAGUGCACCUGGAAGUGCUGGGACCGGUCGCCGCACGUGCAGCACUACACUAAGCACCCUAAGGAGUACGUCGCCGCGCUGUACGAACAUCUCAACAAGUACGGCCUGGUGUCCCAGCCAGAGAAGAUGAGGAUGAGGUUAUAAGGACCCGUAGGCAAUACUGUGAGCCUCUUUAAAUAGUUAUAGGAUCAAGUUAUGUUACGAACGCUGAUUGAAUAGCUUAAAUUUUUUUUAAAGUGUCCAUCUGAGGAGAUCGCCAGAAGUAGUAACUUGAAUUAAAGUGAGAGAGCCUGCCUAAAGCUGCCGUAUAGGUGAGAGAAAGAGCAGAUCGCGUUAUAUUAUGCAACGGUAUGCACGCCUAUAAGAAGUUAUCACUUCAAAAUAGUUUUUUUCUAGUUGACCCUUGGCAGGCGCUUUGGAAAUGAAAUGAAAUUCCGUAAGGUACUCUUUUAAUAAAAAUAGGGAUGAUCAAUGUACGCAACAGCAAAAUGAGGAUGUGACUUCAAUUUUUCAUUUCAUAAACUUAGGCGAUUUGAUCAGCAUUCGUUGUAAUCUGCUGUUGUUGGAGAAAGACGGUGCUCUACUGUGCGUAACGUUGUUUCACCUCCACAACAGCAAUUAAUAGUCCUAUUAAAGAGCUCACAGUAACAAGUAGUUCAGGGUUAAUCUAGAAAUUUUGCAGUGGUUUUUGCAGAUUAAAACACAAUAUCAUAAGUAUGCCUGAUUUGUAUCAAUUCAAUAAAACUUAUAGUGUACAAAAACCACUUGAAAUUUAAUUCGAAGUUUCGUUUAUAAGACUCUUCUUGUUGUAUUAGUUCAAAACUAUAUUUCUCUAUAUGUUUAAUUUUUAAAACAUUACAAACUAUAAUGUCUGCCUAUCAACAAAUCGACUUUAAGAUAUAUAUUUGUAAUCUUUCUCAAUUGGUAUUUAAAUCAUACUUAUGUAACUUAAAGAAAUUAUACACUUUAUUUUACCUAAGUGUACGCUCGACUAAUUCAAAACGACCCGAGUAUACACGAGAUAAUCACGUGACUUGAGCCGAACAAAACCGAAAGUAGCCGAGCGCGCACGAAGUAACAACUUAUUGUAUACAAACGUGUUAACGACCAAAUUAUCUUGAUUUAUUUGAUACAAAACAAAUGUUGAAAUUAAAUGGCAGUUUAUAAAUCGCAAGUAGCUGGGAAGGUGAAACGGUGCAAAUAGUUCCAAUUUAGUUAUUUUAAGGUCUAUGUAACUUGUAAUUAGGAAAAAAAUUGUAUGUAUGGUCUUAACGGUUCAAAUUUUGAACGUUUACAUAUUGUAUUUCAUAACUAUGAUCGUUUGUCUCACUCUUUCACUCGGUCAUGCGUAUGAGAGUAAAAGGGACGUCUUUAUUUUCAAAGUUCGUCUUGAUCUUACGAACUUAAACACUAAACGCUUGACUUCUGUUAAGCAUAUCUUUGGUUGUUUCUUCUGAUAACGAAACUCAUCAAAAUUACUGCAGUCUUUAAAUUAAAUAGUGUUGUGAUUUUGAACCUUAUGGCUUGAAGAAUACGAAUAAAAAUGUCACUUACUACAACAUAUCAUUACUAAAGAUUUUUGUGUGUAUUUUAAGAAACAGUUUCUUUUUUUUUAAUUAAUACACCCUCAAUUCGUCAAUAUAUCAUCAAAUUGCCUUAAAAUGUUGUGAAUCAGGUCCAAA